CGGACCUUUUCGAGAGCUCUUCUCUCUCUAUUAUAUUUCUCUCCCUCUAAAAAGAACCCCAAGUAUAAAAUAUUGUUAAUUUGGGCGCCGAAGUGUCUACCUCCAAGAACAACCCUCAGAUGGAAGAUCAAGUUGCCUCAAAAAUCCAGCUUCCCCCCCACCAAGUCUUUGAUGUCCCUCCAAGGAGUGGCGCCGCCUCCGAAUGCUUCGACGACGACGGCCCUUUCAAGCGGACUGGAUCCGUGUGUGCCCACGUAAUUACAGCUGUGAUAGCUUCUGGAGUUCUAUCCCUGGCCUGGGCCACAGCUCAGCUGGGAUGGGUUGCUGGUCCAACCGUCAUGUUCUUAUUCUCUCUUGUCACUUACUACACCUCCACUCUUCUGCCCGCUUGUUACCGUUCUGGUGACCCUAUCACCGAAGAGAGAAACUAUGCUUACAUGGAUGCAGUUCGAUCAAACUUAGGUGGGUUUCACGUCAAAUUUUGUGGGUGGGUUCAAUACCUCAACCUUUUCGGAGUUGCUAUUGGAUACACCAUUGCAUCAGCAAUUAGCAUGAUGGCUAUUAAGAGGUCUAAUUGCUACCACGAGAGUGGCGGCAAGAAUCCGUGCCAUAUCAACAGCAACCCUUAUAUUAUUGCAUUUGGAAUUGUGGAGAUCAUUUUCUCUCAGAUUCCUGACUUUGAUCAGUUGUGGUGGCUAGCCAUUGUUGCUGCAGUCAUGUCCUUCACUUACUCAUCAAUUGGACUUGGUCUUGGAAUUGCAAAAGUUGCAGAAACUGGAAAAAUCAUGGGAAGUCUAACGGGAAUAAGCAUUGGCAAUGUAACUCAAACCCAGAAGAUAUGGAGGAGUUUCCAGGCUCUUGGAGACAUUGCUUUUGCUUACCCUUAUUCUCUCAUCCUCGUUAAAAUUCAGGAUAUUAUCAGAUCCAAACCAUCAGAAUCCAAGACAAUGAAGAAGGUAUCUAUGAUAAGCAUGGCAGUGACUACCAUAUUCUACAUGCUUUAUGGCUGUAUAGGUUAUGCUGCUUUUGGAGACUUAUCCCCUGAAAACCUCCUAACUGGUUUUGGCUUCUAUAACCCAUUCUGGCUCCUUGACAUAGCCAAUGCCGCCAUUGUCAUUCACCAUGUUGGUGCUUACCAAGUUUACUGCCGACCUCUAUUCGCCUUCCUUGAGGAACAGGCAGCUGAAAGAUUCCCAACUUGUGAAUUCUUUACCAAAGAAAUUAAGAUCCCUAUCCCCGGUUUUCACUCUUACAAUCUAAAACUCCUCAGGUUCGUUUGGAGGACACUUUUCGUGAUCACCACCACUAUCAUCUCCAUUCUUUUCCCCUUCAAAGGUGUGGUUUUAGUUUUCAAAGCUCUAGGAUUCUGGCCACUUACAGUUUACUUCCCUGUAGAGAUGUAUAUCAGACAAAAGAACAUCCCAAAGUGGAGCACAAGAUGGCUCUGCCUUCAAAUCCUGAGCAUUGCCUGCCUUAUCGUCACCAUUGCAAUAGCUGCUGGCUCUAUUGCAGGAGUUGUUCUUGAUCUCAAGUCAUAUAAGCCCUUCUCCACCAGUUAUUGAUUCAAUACAGCUCCAAAACAAGGUUUGCUGGAUAUAUCCAUAAUCAUAUUGAGCCAAAGAGAUGUAUCAGUCCUUAUUCUUAAUGCGGUUUCCUUUUAUGGAUCGUAAUCAUAUCAGCUAAAAUAAUUACAUGUCUCUCUUCUUGCUCAUACUGAGUUUGAAGAUCACGCUUUGUUCAUAUCAGAAACUGCUCUUUCCUGACAAACAAUACUCAAGAACUAUAAUAUGGUAUUGUACAAAAGAAAAUGUAAUCUGAAUU